GAAGGGAGUGUGGCCCUGAUAUUUUAAAAGAAAUGGCCAAGAAGAGUUUCCCAAUCAGUGAUCUACCUGUGAAAUUUAUCAGACGCCAUGAAAAGGAUCUCCUGAUGAAUUUGUGAAGGAGCUGCGACUGUUUCUACGAGUGGAUGAGUCAUUUCAAACAUCUGCAACCAAAAACAGGAGCGCUGACCCAAAGACGAAGCCAGUCAUGAUCUUCACGGUUCUCCGUUGGCUGUUCCUCGUGUUUGUAAUCAUCCUGACCAUUGGCGGUAACGUCCUGGUCUGCUUGGCCGUGGGCCUCAGCCGGAGACUGAGGCGGACCGCUAACUGCUUCGUGGUGUCGCUGGCCAUGGCCGAUCUCCUGCUCGGCCUGCUGGUGAUGCCCUUGUCUGCCACCGUUGAGCUGCGCAGCAGGAAAUGGCCUUUCGGAGGAACCUUGUGUAACAUUUACAUCUCGCUGGACGUCACGCUGUGCACAUGCUCGAUCUUGACUCUCCUGGCUAUCAGCGUGAACCGAUAUUUGUCCAUUUCGUCCCCCCUCAGCCACUCUCAAAGAGUUACCCCUCGAAGGGUGACACUGGCCAUCGUCUCCAUCUGGCUCUUGUCUCUGGCUGCGGCCUUUUUGCCCAUCCAUCUGGGCUGGAACACAUCAGACUACAGGGUGCAGAACUCGAACUGGGCUGCUGGAGUUGAGGACAAUGGGGGACACUACUGCCAGUAUGAAUGGAAUAACAACUAUGUUGUCAUCUAUGUCUGUGGCUUUUUUUACUUACCUCUGCUGCUUAUGUGUGGAAUGUACCUUUGCAUUUUCAGAGUGGCACGAGAACAGGUGCGUCGUAUCCGUGCUAAUACCCCGUCUUUUGCACGCUCAGCAUCUGCKACCAUGGUCCGAGAGCACAAAGCUACAGUGACCCUAGCAGCUGUGCUGGGUGCGUUUGUCAUCUGUUGGUUUCCCUACUUCACCUUCUUCACCUGCAUGGGCAUAAAGAAAAAAACAAUGCCUGCUAAUACACUUCAUUCAGUUGUCCUGUGGCUCGGCUACUUGAACUCGACCCUGAAUCCCAUCCUGUAUCCGGCGUUCAACAGGGAGUUCCGUCAGGCCUACGGAGAGCUGCUUCGCUGCAGAGGACCGGCACGCAAAAAGCUGCAGCUCGCUCGCACGUCCGUGCACAAACGACUGGCCCUCAUCAAUGGACUCAAGGUCUCGGCGCUGUUUAAGAAAAACACGGACACAGUAAGGAUUGAAAGUGAAAAGUGUUCGACCCUUUAUGAGAGGAACAUCAACCCUGAUGAGUCGAGAUGAACCGUGGAUUCUGUUUCACUGAACUGUGGUUGCAAAUGUUGUCAUUUCAAACUUGUUUAGCUGCUUACAGUACAGUUUCAGAUAUAUUUUUAGACUUUUGUAUCAAAAACGUUUCAAGCCUCAGCAUGGUUAAUGUUACACAAAACACAAAGCUCAUUUCAAAGUCUGGUACUUGGGUAGGUUUGUGGAAUUUUAAAGGCUUGUUUUUAGGUUGUGUAAUUUGAGAUAAAGUGAAAGAGAGCUGUGUAAGAAUUGAUAACCCAGUAAGUUUUUCAACGAGCUGCAGGCAACAGGGAUUAAAAGUUUGCAAACUGUUUUCUCUUCAUUCUACCCUGUUAGUGUUAGUAAAUGAUUGACCAACAAGUUGAUUUGAUAUGUAGAAUUCAURUAUGUUUGACUCGAGAGGAAUGACCAUAGAACGUUCAGGGCAUUUUAACAGACAGCGUGCAACAAUUGCUCUUUUGAAGAUACUAUUGAGGUAAUGCAUGUAUUAUUACUUUACAAGAAAAAAAAACUUAAAAAAC